AAAGUCUACGACUCCGGCCUCGCCCUCUCAGGCUCCGCCCAGAUGUGCCGUGGCCUGAGCGUGCUGUCGCUGCUCCUGUGUCUGCUGGCGCUCCUGCUCAGCGUGACCGGGCUGAAGUGCACGCGCUGCCUGGGCGAUGCGCACGAGACCAAAGCUCGGCUGGGGCGGGUCGCCGCGGCGCUCUUCCUCGCGGCUGCGUUUUUCUUCCUUUUGCCGGUGUGUUGGAGCGCAUAUGUCGUGAUACGCAAUUUCUACGACCCGAACGUCGCCGCGCCACUUAAACGUGAACUCGGACCGGCGCUCUAUCUGGGAUGGGGCGUGACCGUGCUGAUGCUGGUGGGCGGGGCUUUGAUGUAUUUAGGCUCCGCCUCCCCUGGAGUUCCAGCCUUGCCUGUUUUCGGAAAAGGCGCCAAAGGAAACCCUCCGUCCACAGCAGAGAGCAAACCGGAGAAGGUCUUUGUGUAAGAGAGCUAAAAGACAUCAACCUGGAUAAACUGUGUCUGAGUGCUCACCUUUAAUUUGCAGAAAUACAGUAACAUUAUCAUUUACUCACUGUCAUGUGCAAAAACUGUAUGUGGUUAUUUUUUUCUGUG